GAGAGAGAGAGAGAGAGAGAGAGAGAGAAGUUAGCUGAGCUCAGAGCUCCCACAAAUCAGUUUGUCACCAGCAAGCUCUGACAAGUACAAGGAGAGAGAGAGAGCGCGCACAGGAAAGAAAGGAAGAGAGACAGGGAGUUAAAUAAAGGUGGGAAUAGGGAGUUGUGUUAGAGGCGACUCAAGAGGGAAGGUGUGAAGGAGCUGCAGAGGGCAUAAAAGAGGUGAUACCGAUGGAUGAAUAGAGGGAAGAGAGGACAGAGACCAGACUGCAAUCUGAUUCCCAAAACAGGAACGAAAAGAGGAACUGUUGCUCCUGCUACUGCUGUCGUUACUGCUGCUGUGUCUGGAUGGUACACUCAUUUAAAGAGAAGGUGUGUCCAACUUUAACAUUUUGGUUACAUGAGGACAGUGUUUGUGAUUGACAGAAGGCGAUUAUUGUGUAUAAGAAUGAAGAAACAGUUACAAAGACAGUUGAUCUUUGUGUGAAGUAGGCACGAGUCGGAGGUGUUGAAAGCAUUUUCUGGUGAACUGCAGCUGUACUCAGAUCACAUGCUGUUAUUUCUAAAGAAAGAGGUAGUCAGAGCGGAUAGCGAUACAAGUUUAUCAGAUGUUUUUCUGUAGGGACGUUUAUUGAUGGCUUGACUGCAUAAGUGACUGGAGUAAGGGAUAAGUUAGUGAAAGUGAGACUUUUAUAUACUACAUUAUCUUAUCUUCCCCUGCACUGUGGGUAUUUGAUUAGCUCCGGGCUGACUCAAAGCCCCUGAGAGUUUUAUCUGGGCUGUAAAGGAAGCAAGAGGUCAUCUGAUCAAACUUCAAAAAACAGAAAACAGAGAAAUAGGAGGGCCUCUUUUCCACUUUAAGCACAGGACGUAUCAUUGCUAUUUUCUCUUCCUUAAACACAUUUAGAGAGGGCCUAUUUGACAUCACAUACGUGUUCAAUAGCCCUGAAUGAUCUGGGGAGAGACCUUGUGGGACAGGAAGCUGUGUCAGCUGAAAAGAUAGUAAGUAAGUUGAGCUCUUCCAACACCGCUCUUCAUUUUGCUGAGUGUUAUACAGCUGCCUUCACAUUCGCUCGGCUGAUCUCCGGGGACAUGUAAAGAGAGACUGCCUGGUGAGCAAGACAGCAGUGAGCUGACACGUGGAAGUGUAUACAGUAUACUUGCUUCGAGUAAGACAGGAUUCAAAUUCAGUAGUGCAGGUGGAGGCUUGAAACCAGUUGAUCUGUGAGUUCAGAGCCAGAUCUGUUGAGUAUUUGAGUGUUGGUGGAUUAUUUUUGGACUGAUGGGUGCUGGAGAGGUCUUCUGAGCCUUGGGGGUGCUGGCUAUGUGCAUGUUUUGGCUGGACUCUGUUAGCAUUUGACAGCUCAACUCUGGAAUCACUUCAGUGUCUUAGACGUCAUUGUGUUACCUGUGUGGCUGAGUCAGAGGCUGGCUCAUCACUCGAUGUCUGUCUGCCCACUGGGAUUCUCUCCACCUGUUUCUAUGCAAAGAAGACACAAGUGUUAGGUGGUUUUCACAGCAGCAGCGACAGCUGUGGCACCAGUAACCCUGAACUUUCAGGACUCUCCACAGUGCUUUAAUUGUUCUGCUGUGUGUAAACACCUUGCGUCAGUCACACCUCUCCACGGAGUGAUUCACUGUUCCCUGAGCAUCCCCGGUUGGAGGCAGGCAGUGAAAGAAAAGGUGAGAGAGGAUUUGCUAAGAACCAAAGAGCAUAAGUAGCUGCAAACACUCCAGUUGGCACCAUGAAGCUGGCGCUCUUGAUGCUCAUGGUUGUGUACACAGUGGGCAACGUAAGUGGUAUGUCUACAUGUAAGACGCUGGACCUGGAGAUGGUUAAGAAAAAGCGCAUUGAAGCCAUUAGGAGCCAGAUCCUUAGCAAACUGCGUUUGCCCAAAGAGCCUGAGCCGGAUCAGGCUGGAGACGAGGAGGAGAUCCCUACCCCCCUGUUGUCCCUCUACAACAGCACCAAGGAGAUGCUGAAGGAGCAGCAGACUGAGGUCCAGACAGACAUCUCCACAGAACAGGAGGAGGAGGAGUACUUCGCCAAGGUGCUGCACAAGUUCAACAUGACCAGAAAAAAUAACUCAGAUACCACCAAGAAAAUCAUUCAAAUGUACUUCAACAUCUCGGAGAUACGGGCAAGUGUGGGGGAUUACCGCCUGCUGACCAGUGCGGAGCUACGCAUGCUCAUAAAGAAAACCAUGAUACCUAAUGAGCAGCGUGUCGAGCUGUACAGCGGUCUUGGUGACUCACCUCGCUACCUCACUUCCCGCUUUAUCACUAACCAGUGGAAAGGCAAAUGGCUGUCCUUUGAUGUCACAGAGACCCUGCAGAACUGGCUCAAAGGGACUGAUGAUGAGCAGCGUUUCCAACUUCGGCUGUUCUGUGAAUGCAACCAAGUAACUGCUGGUGAGACUGUCUUCAAAUUUUCCAUCUCUGGGACUGACCCUGGUAGGGGAGACACAGAGACGAUACAGAAGAUGACACAGCAACCACCCUACAUCCUGACCAUGUCCAUCCCUCAAAACAUCAGCAGCCCAAACACCUCACGCAAAAAACGCUCCACGGAGACGAAGGAUGUCUGUACAGCCCAGACAGAGACCUGCUGCGUGCGGAGCUUGUACAUCGACUUCAGGAAAGAUCUGGGAUGGAAGUGGAUACAUAAGCCAACGGGCUACCAUGCCAACUACUGCAUGGGGUCCUGCACCUACAUCUGGAACGCUGAAAACAAAUAUUCUCAGAUUCUGGCCUUGUAUAAGCAUCACAACCCAGGAGCCUCUGCCCAGCCCUGCUGUGUUCCCCAGACACUGGAGCCACUGCCAAUCCUCUACUAUGUGGGCAGGCAACACAAGGUGGAGCAGCUGUCCAAUAUGAUUGUGAAGUCCUGCAAGUGUAGCUAAAAAUACAGCGUGGCACACUGCUCUGCCUCUCCUCAAACACAUACAGAGAUGGACCACAGAGAGGAGCAUGAGACGGAAAUAAAGAGGACAAGAAUAAUGUGGACAAGGGGAACAGAAUACUUCAAGUCAUCAGGAUCUUUGUAAUCCACCUUUCCUCCAUUGUCAUGUUGAACGCACAUCAGUCCAUGGACUUCUUUAUAUCUAUAAUAUUUUCUAUGUGUAUAUACUUUUUACCUUGCAGUAGUAAAAAAUAUCUGUCUUGAAAUGAAUUAAUUUAUUUGUUGGAGGGACAGAUGUAUAAAAGUGUGUCAGUUUGACGUGGAAAAGGAUUAAAAUGAUUUGUUAUUAUCAAAAAAAGGUGGAUACCAAAGAACAUAUGGACCAAAAUGACCUUGAUGGAAGAACACUCUUGUUUUCACAAUGAUUGUCUGGGACAUUUAAAUUUGCCAUAUCAUCGUGUUAAAGAGGCCACAGUUAAAGGUGCUAAAUCCCAGGUAUGGAAAAGUGGUUGUUGGGGUUUUCCUGGAAGACAAUGCCACAGGUGUUUUUGGAGAGCGUUGCACCGUAAAGGACAUCAGACAACCACAGGGACAGUCCGACCUGGGGAAACUCCCUCUGACUGAGAGGCUGAAAUUGUCAGCCAACCGAGCAACGUUUCCCAGGAACCGUCCAUCAGUUUUUUCUUGCUUUGUUUGUCUUUCAACCCACGUGAUUUAUACAAUGCUUUUGUCACUAUGUCUGUGUUCAUAAUUGAAUGCCAGCUUGUCCUUAUGAAGCUUCCUGUGCUGUCACAGCCGUGAGUAAAAGUUAGAGUGGUUAUGAAAGUGGUGACAUCAUGUUUCUAUCCCUCUCAGGAUUCAUAGCCAACUUGUUGUCUUUAGAUGGUGAGGGUCAGGGGAUGUGGUUGUGGUGUUGGUUUUAGGAAAGAAAUUCAAAAUUAAGACAUAGAUUUGCUGUUUGUUUUCUUAAUGUUUUAAAAUCACCAUAGAAAAUUAGAUUUUCAGAUUAAAUUUAUUGCUUUUUAUUUCAGGACAGGUUUUUACUUUCAUCUUAAGUGUAUGGCUAUUUGCACAACUCAAUAAUUAUUUCAACGUCUAUCAUUUGUUUUAGGAAUAAAACCAACACAUUUUAUUUUUUUCAGUUUACCAUAUUUUUAUAGUGCACUUAACAUUUGAAAUUUGCAUUUGUAAAUAUAAAAAAAAAUACAAAAAAUAAACAUUGAUGUUAAAUUAU